AUGGAUCAAAUGCAAGCUAUGCAGCAUAAAUUUGCAAAUUUUAAAUUACAAUCGAAUGCAGUCGCUACUCCAUGGAGUGCAGUAAUUGCGAUACAAGAGAAGGCGAAAAACGACGCAAAAUUGCUUGUCAUUUAUCGGUAUGGUGCAUUUUUACUCAUAUUGUUGAUGGUACUAUCCAUUACUUUGAAUGUAAGUGUCCAUUGGGAAAAGUAUCGACGUGAGGUUGUGCUAAAACAGUACUAA